UAGCAAUUGACGUGUUCAGUUUCGGGCGAAUAAAAAUGUUUGCCAGCACAAUUUGGGCAAAAAUUGACUGAUUAUGACUUACAUUUAACGUUUUUAGUGCUUAGUUUAAGUUAAAUUACCGCAAUACGUACGGGUUCGGUGAUUUUUUUGGGUAAAAAUAAACUGUGAUAUAUUUUAGUGCGAAUUGUAAUGUUAACAGUGUUUUAAACGUGUGUUGUUGUUUUAAUUUGGGACAAUGUUGCAUGGGAAAUUGAGGAUACACACCUGCAGGGUUAUACUGUUGACCUCUUUAGUAUGGUUUUUAGUUGAUGUGGUUAUUUUGUCGUUUUACUCGGAAUGUCUGGGAGGCAGUUGCAAAAAAGGUGUAGAGGACAAUGUUAUAGCCGAGAAAUUAAUCGGCGAAGACUUUGAAAAUGUAGAAAACAAUGCCGUGGAACCUGUGCAUCAUAGGGCAGCCCCCAGUCAAAGUAGGCACCACGUGUCCAGUAUAUCGCGGACGUAUCAGACGUCGGCGUUGCGUCGCUGGAAACCGGCGCCUACUGUGAUGCCGGUGGGAAAGCGCCCGGGUGAGCACGGAAAACCCGUUCACAUACCGUCGGAAAAGGAAGCGGAAAUGAAGGAAAAGUUCAAGCUAAAUCAGUUCAAUCUGCUGGCCAGCGACAUGAUUUCGCUUAACAGGUCCUUGUCCGACGUCAGAUUGGAGGGGUGCAAAUACAAAAAAUACCCGACAUUACUACCCACAACGUCGAUAGUUAUAGUUUUUCACAACGAGGCGUGGUCUACCUUACUGAGAACGGUUUGGAGCGUGAUAAAUCGCUCUCCGAGACCUUUACUGAAAGAAAUAAUUCUCGUGGACGACGCUAGCGAGAGGGAUCACCUCGGUAGAAAGCUAGAGGAGUACGUCAAAACUCUGCCGGUCAGAGUUUUCGUUCUGCGUACGGAAAAACGAUCGGGUUUGAUCAGGGCCAGACUGUUGGGUGCGAAACACGUCACCGGGCAGGUCAUAACGUUCCUGGACGCCCACUGCGAAUGCACGGAGGGCUGGUUGGAGCCCCUUUUGGCUAGAAUCGUGCAGGAUAGAAAGACAGUGGUGUGCCCCAUCAUAGACGUCAUCUCGGACGAGACGUUUGAGUACAUCACAGCUUCAGACAUGACGUGGGGAGGUUUCAAUUGGAAGUUGAACUUUAGAUGGUACAGAGUCCCACAACGCGAGAUGGACAGAAGAGGGGGGGAUAGAACCGCCCCCCUGCGCACCCCCACCAUGGCAGGGGGGUUGUUCUCGAUAGACAAGGAUUACUUUUACGAACUAGGUUCGUACGACGAGGGAAUGGACAUUUGGGGCGGCGAAAACUUGGAGAUGUCCUUCAGGGUGUGGCAAUGCGGCGGCAUUUUGGAGAUAAUCCCGUGCUCGCACGUUGGGCACGUGUUCCGCGACAAGUCGCCGUACACGUUCCCGGGGGGCGUGUCCAAGAUAGUGCUGCACAACGCCGCCAGGGUGGCCGAGGUGUGGAUGGACGAGUGGCGCGACUUUUAUUACGCGAUGAACCCAGGUGCCAGAAACGUGGAGGUGGGAGACGUGAAAGCCAGGAGAGAUCUGCGGGAAAAGUUGCAGUGCAAAAAUUUCCGAUGGUACCUCGAGAACGUCUAUCCGGAAUCUCAGAUGCCUUUGGAGUACUUCUAUCUCGGUGACAUUCGCAACGUCGCUAGUAGGAACUGCCUGGACACGAUGGGCCGCAAAUCGGGCGAGAAUCUCGGCAUGACGUACUGCCACAAUUUGGGCGGAAAUCAAGUUUUUGCCUACACGAAACGUCAGCAGAUCAUGUCCGACGACAAUUGUCUGGACGCUAGCAACAAACGGGGCCCCGUGAAAUUGGUGCGGUGUCACGGAAUGGGCGGCAACCAGGCCUGGGUCUACGACGAACAGGACAAAACGAUAAAACACGUGAACACGGGCAGUUGCCUGCAAAAACCCGACCCGCACGAUGUGAAUUUGCCCUUAUUAAGGCCCUGCAACUUCGACGAGUCGCAGCAAUGGAUAAUGGACAGCGAUUUCAAGUGGCAGGCGCGAAACAAGAACACCAUAGAGGACCCGGAGGACAGAUAGUCGGCGAUCGGGUUGCCUACCCAACAUUUCCUGUAAAUACUGUGAAAAAAGAGUGAGGCGCAAGAUUAUUUUUUUUCGAUUUACUAGUCAAUUUGACGCGUUUUAUGAAUUCGAAAUUAUGCCGCGCACUUUUAAUUUGAUUAAAUUUAAUUUACGAAAACUAAAGUUUUCGUAUGUGCGAUGAUUUUAACAUGUUUAUAUUUAUUUUUUUAUCGUUUUUUAUUAUGGUGCCCAACUAUAUAGUUAAAUCAUUCCAUUUUUACGAAAUCCCAAAUUCAGCAGCUUUAUUAUCGAUUUUAACCGGAGCAUUCCUUUUUAAUUACUGUAUAUGUACAAUACAGGGUGAUUUUAUUAAUUUUGCUCAAAUUUUGCGUAUAAAAUGGUUGACAAUCCCGUUUUUAGGACUCUUGGGUUGUUUUUAACGAUGUAUUUCAACUGACAUGUACAUAUUUUCUAUAGAUUGACCAAACAGUACGAAAUACACUAAAUUAAUCAACUUAGAUAGGUUUACGUGAUUUUUUAACAUAUCCGAGCUUUUUUGUAUUUUUUUUAAUACAGCAUAUCACCCAUUUAGUAGCUUUGAAGACUGAAAAACGACUUUUUAGCCUUCCAGUUUUUUUCAAACAGAAUCUUCCGCAAAAUGUUUACGAGCUUCCACAUUUUUAACCAAGAGUCAAAUUUUUGCUCAUAUGUUGUAUAAAGUUAUUUUUUAUAUUAGUUGCCUCGAUAUAACAUAUCAUAUUAUGAUUAAAUUGUUUUAUGAUUUUUAAUAUAUCAGAAAUAUUUAUAGAAUUUUUUGUAAAUGAUGAAAAUGUUAUAGGCUAGGUGGUGGUGCAAUAGCUUAUUCUAAAUUAAAUUAAUUAUAUAAAUU